UUGGGGGACUGGACUUGUUAUUUCACUGGCAUAAGAAAUACCAAUGAAGAAACUUCCUCUCCAAUGCAGAUUGGCACCUGCUUUACAAUUUAUAAUCUCAGAGAUUUGCACUCUUAGAUGUCGAGUCCUUUGCCCAGGGCCACACAUAAUCAGAAGCAAAGUGUAAACCCAGGCGUGGGUUUUGCCACCAGAAAAGUGGCAGGCAUGGCUAAACCCAGUAUGAUCAUCAGUGUGCAAGGAGAUGUGAUCACCAUUAAAUCAGAAAGUACUUUUAAAAAUACUGAGAUUUCCUUCAAAUUGGGCCAGGAAUUUGAUGAAGUCACUGCAGAUGACAGAAAAGUCAAGAGUCUCAUAACCUUAAAUGAUGGUGCACUGGUUCAGGUGCAGAAAUGGAAUGGAAAAUCAACCACAAUAACAAGAAAACUAGUGGAUGGUAAAAUUGUGGUGGAAUGCACCAUGAAAGAUGUCAUUUCUACUAGACUCUAUGAAAAAGUAUGAACUGCCUUCUCAAUGAACCAAAGCCUGCCAAACUCCACCACGUUUUGUUGGAUGUGUGUGUGUUGUUUAAAUGAAUAUGGUUCUCCCUGACUACAUUGGGAGAAAUUCUAUUUGCAAAGCAUUUAUUUACUCCUUUCUGUUUUAUUGAUUCAAUAAACAUCUUUAACAUUAAAA